GCGAAGGGAGUCAAGUCAGCGGUACCAGCAACGCCGGUCAAGUCGAGUGGAACGCGCAACGAGGCUUCGGUGCGCUCUGGAAGCUCGUUCUCGACCCCAGCGACGGAUAGGAUGGAGUCGAUCGACGAGCGGUCGGCGAGAUGCGACACGGCGAUUGAUUCCUCGGACGCCAAAGAAGAUGACGAAGAUGAUGACUGGGAUGUCAGGACUGUGAUGUCCGAGACUUCGGAGGCCGCGGUUGUGUCGGCCGACCGCAGUGGAGGCUCGAGGUCGAUCACCCGCGACCUCUCCGAAACGUUCAACGACAUGUCGGGCCCCGAGCCCGCCUACGACGCGGAUGACGGUGCGACCGAGGGUUUCAAAGCCUCGGUGACGGUAGGAGGGGCAACCUCCAAGCCGGUUGGCACUCGUCCUCCCCUCAACGGCGAUACUCCGGCGGCCAGCAAGGUUCUAGGCCGAUGUCUGGAGCUGAUGAAGGCCAAAAGUGAGUGGAUGCAGUUGUUCUCCCCGAAGCAGGUCCGCCAGGCCAUCUGGAUGGACCUCGGAGGGGCUUUGGCAACGCCGAUCAACUCAACGAGCACUCGGCAGGUCGCUCAGAACACUGUGGACCUCCUGUGUGCAAUGGGGUGCGAGCCCCAGACUCUCCCGACGGAGGCUGCACUCGCGAGCUGGACGCCCACAAGCACUGCCGCGGCACUUACCAAGUGA